AUGGAGAUUCAACAAUACAGCUGCUUCAAAAUGAUGGCCUACUUUCUCCCACUCUUCUGCCUCCUCCUUUCUUGGAGUUGGGGCGUCGCCUAUUCCAUUCCCACCCCUUUUGCCCAUAUAUCUCCACCGCCAUCCUCCGCGGUACUGGCAUCCGAGGCCCUUCGCAACCGUGGCUACUCCCUGUUUGCUUCCGUUUUACUUUCCCUCUCCACCACCUCCACCAACUUCUCUGGUACUCUACUGGCGCCCCCAGAUUUCGCAUUCUCCUUUGCCACUGCCAAGUUCUUGAACAACCGCAGCCCUCCGCCGCGCCCAUCCACCUUUCUACUACUCUACCAUACUAUCAAGCCGCCGCUCGUUCUCACGUGGCUCAGCCUGUCAUCGCGUCCUAGUGGCGAUGAACUUCGCACCUUUUACAACAAUAACUGCCUUUUCUUGUUCAAGAAUUCAUACAGCGGUGAAAUAUCGAUUUCGUCAUCCUCAUCGGAGAAUCUUAUCUCCGCCGUCAAGAUUCGGCAGCCAGAUCUUUACGUCGAUGAUAAUUUAACUGUUCACGGCAUAGAUGGUGUAUUGGACCCAACAUUUGCCACCAAAUGUUCUUUUCCUGAUGUUGAUCCGAUGACCCGGAUUCAUCCUAGUAAGGUGAAUCGAUCAUUUCUUGAUCACGCCAUAAGAGCAUUGAGAUGGAGGGGAUUCAAUGUAGUAGCCACAGCUAUGGCUAUCAAAAGGCCGGAACUGCUAUCUCUAUCGUCGGUUACGGUUUUUGCGGUUUCCGACAAGAACUUCUUCUCGCGUUCCGGCGGAUUUCAUUACGAUUUCCAGCAUCAUGUGGUGCCGGGAAGACAGCAUUUCGCUGAUCUUGCGAAGUUGCCGGCGAGGGGGAAGGAUUUUGAUACUUUGGCUCCGAACAAGACCAUUCUUGCUCAUUCGACGGAUGGAACUGUUACCGUCGACGGUAUUGUGGUUGACGGCACGGAGGUUUAUCAUAACCGGUGGAUUGUUGUGUUUUCUAUAAAGACGUCACUGGAUGACGCCAUCGAUAAUCAUGCCGCCGUGAAGCCGCCAAGUCCCGAUGAAAUUCCAGUUUCCGGUAAGUGGGCUCCUUCUCCGCCGCCCUUUUCAGCCAGAUCUCCAAAUACCAAUAUGAUAAUGAUACCUUCUCCGCCUCCGGCUUCCUUUUCAGUCGAAGCUCCAAAUAGCAAUGAGACGGGGGUUUCAUCUCCCGUACCGGCACCGGCGUCCUUUUCAGCUGAAGCUUCAAAUAGAAAUAUGACUGGUAUUCCAUCUCCGGCACCAUUAUCUCCGGCGAAUAUUCCUGUAGGUUUUGCUGAUGUCCCUCUCAGUGAAACACCAUCUCCUGCACCAUCAGAGACAUUUUUCGACGAUUCAACUGGUGCCCACUUUGGAACGACUCCAUCACUAGCUCCAAACCUUGCCCGAGGGAUUGAAAAAGAAGUUCCAGCGAAUGGGUCACUAGGGUCUCCGGGACCGGCACCUGGGCCAUGGAGAGAUGACUCACAUUGUGACAUAAACAACGUCGCUUCCCUUGGUGUUGAAGGAGCUGAUCUUUUUUGUCCUGUUACCAAAUCAAGAAGGUUAAAGGAAUUGGACAGUGGUGAUGGUGAAGUUUCUGAUGAUGUGGCUCGAUCUCAGCCGUCAAUUAGUGAGAAAGAAUCUAUCAAGGUCAAAAUUUCUGAGAAUGUCAACAUUGCUGAUGAUCUAUUCUACUACACCUGA